AUGGCGGGAGAAGCUGGAACAGGAGAGCAGCUCUUGAUGAGGCUGCUGCAGACGCAGCAAGAGCAAAUGGGGCAGAUCCAGAGAUUGCUGGAACAGAACCAGAGGCCACGAGGAACUGUGGUGGACACUAAGGCCAUAGGCCGGCCCGAGAAGCUAGGAGGAACACUGGAGGACGCCUCACGUGCAUGGCGCCAGUGGAACUAUCGGUUGGAACUUUGGCUCACGAGCCAGUUUCCGGAAACCCGGUCGAUCCUAACUUGGGCUCGGACCCAGGAUGAGGAGAUCACCGUUGCCAAGCUAAGUGGACAGCUGGUGGAGGGAGUGAUUCCAGAAAAGGUUCAAGAGUUCAAUCGGCAGUUGGAGGUGGUCCUGGGUACUUUGACUAUGGACACUCCAGGGGACAUCACGAUGAACUCGAGUCCAGGGUCUGGUCUGGAUAUGUAUCGGCGGCUCCACGGGAGAUUGGACCCCACCGAUAUGGUGACCAGCUUCCGUUGGCUGCGACAGCUUAUGUCAACGAGGCCUGUGACAGAAGUGGGCGACCUGAUCGCUGCAGUGGAGAGAUGGGAAGACCAGCAUCGUAGAUAUGCUGCCCGUCGGGACUGCACGGCGCUGACGGGUAUCGAGAAGGAGACCCGCAAAUGCCACAAGUGCGGCAAAGCGGGACACCUUGUCAAGGACUGCUGGAGCACGACUGACAUCAGGAAGAACAAGGAUGCAGGAGGCGAGGAAGAGGAGCCUGAAAACGAGGAGCCCGAGCAGGAGGAAGAGUACGAAGCCGAGGUGGGCUUCAUAGGAAUGCUCGAAGGUGAAGGAGCCCACGAGGGCACGGACGACGAGUCCUGGGGCGGCUGGCAGCCCGACUCUGGCGCGGGAUCGUCUCGAGACCCGCCAGAGGGAGGGCGAGCAAGAGCCAGCGCUGCAAAGGCAGCCGGUGGUACACCUUCUAUGACAGGAGUUGGGCUGCGCUUGCUUGAGGGCAACCUUUUGGCCGAGCUGCAGGGGCGACAAGCAGAACUCAACCGGGCCCUUGCGAACACCGAAGACACCGAAGAAAGGUCCGACCUGGAAGCUCAACUGGAGGUGGUAACCCGCCAGUUGAAGGAGCUUGCGGCCAAGAGGAGAGCUGCCCGUGCCAGUCCUGCUGGGAGCUGGCGUACGUCUUCCCGCAUAUUGGCGGACGUCCGUUCGGGGCGAAAGGCGUCUUUGGCAAAGAGAAAAGAGCUCAGCCGCCAGCGAGCGGCCAGGCACAGGCAGGCCUCCCGUGAGGGGAGAGCUCGCCAGAGAGUUGCGCUCGAUGGGGAAUGGCACCGCAGGUACAAUCGCCCACUGAAGGGGGACGAUGGGAAGCGCGAUGCCUAUCCUCUGAUGCCGGAGAGCACCGAGCGCGAAGCCAGACCCCUUAGCCGAAAGGCAAGGGAGAACCUUCGCCAGGAAGGUGCUGGGGACGACGUCCCGGAGGAGCACAUCAGGAGUUGGCGAGAGAAGCCGAAAACUCCAGGGGAGCGCGAGGGCAAGCGCCGCAGGGAAGCGGCAAGGAAGAAAAGGAAGGCCGAACAGGCCGCAGCUGCGAGCGGCAGUGCAGGACCCGCUUCGGGACCUGCCAGGGCCAAGGCCGCAGCAAAGCCCAAGGAGCCACCUGGGCCGAGGGGCAAGGAAGUGAAGGGCACCGAUCGGCCUGCAGAGCCGUCGGGGGAGCCUCCGCGGAGGCGAUCCAGGCCCAAGCACUCUGCCAAGGUAGCCGAGGCUAUCCGGACAGCGCCGUGGCGCAACAAUGGCAAGCUGCCCAGGAAACAGGAGAAAAAGGUGGCAAGGCCAGUAAUGGGCCGGAGCAAGAUCCUAGGGGCAGCGUUGGCUGGAGCACUGAGGGCCCAGUCAAAGAGGAUGCCCCGUGACAGGAUCAUUAAGUGGAGCCAGGUGAAGCGCCUGGUGGACGCCCACAAGGGCACAGAUCGCUUUCGACAGCGACAAGGGCUGAGGAGGGCCCUGGUAAAGAAGCUCCCAAAGGGAACGGUCGGGGCGGCAGUUGAGCGCAAGUUGCUGGACAGCGACUGCGAGAGCUGCACCUCGAGGCGAGGAAAAGCUACGAAGGCUGCCGCAAGAGCUUACGCCGAGAAGAUCCUUUCGAGGAAAGAGAGGAUGAAGCAUCUACCGCUCCUUCCGAAGGAUGAGGAAGAGGACGAAGAAGAAGAAGAAGUCGAGUUGGAGGAGGAAGACCCCGACGCUGACCACGAACCACUGGGGCGAAGAGGUCCAGAAGACCCGCCCGAUGGAGAAGGCGGCAUGGAAGGCCGCGUGGGAACCGUGUUUUCCUUGGCUGGAAACGGGGCCGGGAAUGGAGCCGCUUCGGCACCUUCCCGGAACCAGAAGCAUCCAUCUAUGGAGGUAAUCCUGGACAGUGGUGCGAGCCACAACGUGAUCCCCGACAAGGUGUUCCGGCGGCUUUUCGAGGAAGGCCGAGCCACUGCUCUGAAGAAGGUGAGCUCGCCGCUGAAGUUCUCCACCGCGAGUGGGGAGAGCCUGCCCAACCUGGGGACGACAGAGGUGUAUCUGAGUGGCCCGUCGCCAGAUGGAUCGGCCACCCGGUGCAGAUGCAUCUUCAACGUGGCAGCCGUUCAGCGUUGCCUGCUGUCGACUGGGCGUGCCAUGGACCGUGGCAACGCUUUGGUGUUUGCGGGAAAGAGCGCGACGCUUUGCCUUCCUGAUGGAAAGGCCCUGCUCUUCCCGGCGCUGCAGUGGAAUACUACAACCUUUCCUGAGCCGGAGGUUUUCCCGAUCCACUCGGAUGGUGAAGAGGACGAGGCCCAACCGUUUGGGGAUGAAGACCCAAGCCAGGUGGAACCCGGCUCGGGAUCCGCCCAGCCAGGAGGCGAAGAGGCACAGCGUGCGAGACCGCUUCGGGCUCCACCAGUGCCAACGCCUCAAAUGGUUGCAGAGCAUGAGGUAACGCAUAUCCCUUACAGGGCGUGGUGCCCAGCCUGCGUCGCUGGACGAGGGAGAGCCUACUCUCACCACCACGAGGGCCGCGAGUCCGCAGUGCCCGUAGUGUCAGCCGACUACCUGUACUUCUCUGAAAAGGGAGUACCAGGGAAGAGCCUGCCAACUGUUGUCUUGAGGGACCGUGCCUCCAAGGCAAUCUUCUCUCACUUGCUGCCAACCAAAGGGACAGUUGGUUCGACCUAUCCCGAAAAGGCAGUGCUUCGAGAUUUGAAUUGGUUGGGGUACAAGUGCCUGGUCUUGAAAACGGACCAAGAAAACCCAAUCAAGGCACUGGGGGCUGCAGUCAAGGCUGGUUUCUCAGAGGAGUUGACUCUGGAAGAAUCGCCCAAGGGCGACGCUCACGGGCAGAGCAACGGAGCAGCUGAAAAUGCGGUGCAGCGUGUGCAGGGACAAGUGCGCACAAUGAAGUAUGCCCUGUCGGUUAUCUUCCCUUGGAUGAUCGAGUAUGCCGGGGUACUCCACACCCUGUUCUCCCAGGAGGACAGCGAGGGCAUGACACCGUUCCAAAAGCUGAAAGGCCGGACUUGGCAGAUAGCUCUACCAAGUUUCGGUGAGAUCGUGGACUAUCGCCGACGGGCGAAAAGCAAGCUAGAUGCCAGAUGGCAGGAAGGAGUCUACCUGGGACUGCGGCUGACAAGCUCGGAGAAGAUUAUCGGGACACCUUCGGGUAUCCUGGUGGUGCAAUCAAUCCGAAGAAAGCCAGCAGACAAGCAGUUCGAUCUCGAGAUGCUGAAGGCUGUGAAGGGAACUCCUUGGCAGCCGAAUCCCGAGAAGAGUCCAGGAGCGGACGCCGACAGACUUCCUGAGCCUAUCGCGAUCGAGCCAGUGGUUGCGCCAGCAGAGCUGCCGCCACCACCGGGCCAAGCAGAGAGGUUGCCUACGUAUCGGAGGAUGUACAUCCGACAAAGUGACCUGGAGCAGUUUGGCUACACCGGGGGCUGCGAAGCCUGUGCCGCAAUUCGCGAAGGGAGAGAACGCCAGGGCAUCAACCACAACGAGACGUGUAGGAAGAGGAUCCAAGAGGCGCUGAAGGAUACCUCUCGGGGCCAAGCCCGCCUGGAGCGAGAGACUCAGCGCGAAACCGAGUACUUCACGAAGGUCCACGAGGCAGAAGAAAAGAAGAGGAAAGGUGAGAAGGAAAAGGAGAAAGAAGAAGGGCCGGAGCCAGGAGGCACAGGGGCGAGCGAGCCUAGCCAGCCUAGCAGGCUACCGAGCCAAGCUGCGAAAACAGUGGAGAAAAGGAAACCGUCCAAAGCAGAGCCCGCUUCCGCCGCGCGAGAAAGCAAGAAGCCAGCAGUUGCCGCUUCGGGAACUGCUUCGGCUGGCAAGCGGAAAAGCGAGGACCCUGGGGACCAAGAGAGGUCCGAGCUUAGGCCUGCAAAUGACCGAGCAGAAGCCUCCAAGCGCAAGGCUGAAGACGUCGAGGGAAUGAUUGAGACCCUUAUCGCUGACGAGCGAAAGGCGUGGACUAAAUCCCUGGAAAGAAUCGAGCAGCCUACUUGCGACCUGGUUGAUGGUUUAGUAGAGGAGGUCUUAGCCGAGACUUUCUACGACGACCUUACCGGGAAGGAGCUUCCCGCAGAAGGUGUUCGGGCCGCACGAGCAGAGGAAUUGAGCGUCAUACGGCAGAUGGGAGUGUGGGAAACCAUACCACGUCCUGCCAACGAAAAGGUGAUCGGCACAAGGUGGGUGGAUGUCAACAAGGGAGACAGUGCCCGGCUUAAGCUGAGAUCCCGGUUAGUCGCUCAAGAACUCAAACGUGCUCGAGGACCACAACAGCCAGAAGAUCAGUCUACAUGGAGCGAUUUCUUCGCUGCCAUGCCACCGCUGAGUUCGCUGCGGGCGCUAUUCACUCUAGCGUCGACACGCCAAGUACCCAACGCUCGGGGAAAGUUGUCACCCGCAGGAUCCGGUGGAGAAGUCUGCCUUAUGUUUCUGGAUGUGAAGAAGGCACAUUUUUGGAGCCCUGUGCGCCGAAGAUUGCUGGUUGAACUUCCGCCAGAAGCUGGAGAAGGGCGAGACAAGGUCGGACUCUUGAAACGUUCCUUAUAUGGAACACGAGAUGCACCCUCCAAUUGGGAAAAAGCCAUCAAGGAUGCUCUAGAAGGUUUGAGCUUCAGGCAAGGCCGAAGCAAUCCCUGCCUUUACUUCCACGAAGAAAGAUCCUUGCGACUAAAUGUCCAUGGCGAUGACUACACUGUGGUUGGGAGUUACGAAGAGCUCAAGUGGCUAGAAGCUGAGCUGGGCAAGGUUUGGACAGUAGAAACAAGAGGCAUCCUGGCAAGACCCGGUUCGGAGCUGCCAGGCGUGAUUCAUCAGAUAUCUGUCUUGAACCGCCUAGUGACGUGGACCCAUGAGGGAAUCGAGAUGGAAGCCGACCCUCGGCAUGUGGAUUUGAUUCUGGAACAGUUAGGUCUGGAGAAAAGCCUCUCUGUGACCACUCCACUGGUCAAAACCAAAGAAGAGGACAUGGACAAGACACCACUUGGAACUGCUGAAGCAGCUCUGUACCGUUCCAUAGCUAUGCGAAUUGGUUACCUGUCUAUGGACAGACCCAACCUGCUGAGAACCGUUCGCGAGUUAGCAAAGGGACUGAAGGAACCCCAACAACACCACUGGGGUCUCCUGAAGAGAGCUGCGAGGUACCUCCGAGGCGCUCCUAGAUUGGUGCAACUGAUUCCAUAUCAGGAGCACUUCACCAGCAUCAAUGCAUGGUCAGACAGCGAUCACGGUGGAUGCAUAAAGUCCAGAAAAAGCACGACUGGAACAGUGAUCCAGCUCGGAGAGUCAACGGUGAAGGCAGCAGCCAAGGGGCAAGCUGUGAUAGCUUUGUCCACAGGAGAAGCAGAGUACUAUGGCUUGAUCUCAACUGCAUCUACCGCCUUGGGCGAGCAAGCGAUGAUGGCAGAUUGGGGCAUCAAGCUCUCCGUCAACAUAGCUAUGGAUGCCAGUGCAGGCAUAUCCAUCGGCUCGAGACGAGGGCUGGGAAAAGUCAAACACAUUGACACCUGCUAUCUAUGGGUCCAGGAAAUAGUGGACCAAGGGAGAAUCCGUCUGAAGAAGGUCAGUACGCAAGACAUGCUUGCGGAUCUCAUGACGAAGCCACUGGACGGCCAAACUGCAUCUAGGCUACUUGGUCGAAUGGGCUACAACGUAAGGUCCGGAAAGCACGAGUUGGCCUUGGGAAAGGUGUGA